AUGGAUCGCUCUUCACACGACGAGCCUUCCAAGGAAGACAAUGCCUCGACCCAGAUCGACCAUUCUCUCAAGCAGUCCGAGUCUCGCGACAUAGUUGAGACAGAGCAUUCUCGGGGCCCUCAUGUCGAGGUGGACUUCUUCGAUCCUGCCGGGGUACAUGAGCUUCGCAAAACAAUAACCCAAAUGUCGGGACAGAGGAGGGACGACGUCAACCCAUCCAAGGCAUCCCGGAUCUCAGAUGCGAGUUCGGACGCAACAUUAUCGCCUGGCGACGGUCCUUUUGAUUUCGAGAAGACGCUGCGGCUAGCUGUCCGGAAAGCGGAGGAGUCGGAAAUUAAGCUCCGGGAGCUCGGUGUGGUAUUCGAAGACUUGCGAGUGGUCGGUCUUGGCGCAGCGACCACCUACCAGCCGACUUUGGGUUCCACUCUCAAUCCCUUGAACUUUAUCGAAACUGCUAAACAGUUACGCCAUCCCCCCACUCGCGACCUCUUGAGUGGAUUCGAAGGAUGCGUCAGACCGGGAGAGAUGCUUCUCGUGCUUGGAAGUCCCGGUGCCGGCUGCAGCACCCUUUUGCGAACGCUCGCGAACCAACGGAGCGACUUCCACGCGGUGCACGGUGACGUGCACUAUGACUCCUUCACACCGGAGGAGAUUCACAAGCAUUACCGGGGCGACGUGCAGUACUGCCCAGAAGACGAUGUGCACUUCCCCACCCUCACCGUCAAGGAGACGCUUGGUUUUGCUGCGAGAAUGCGAACGCCGCGAACACGCAUUCAUUCCAGCCGCGAGGAACAUAUCGAGUCGUUGACCUCGGUGUUGGCCACGAUCUUUGGCCUGCGGCAUGCGCAGAACACGCUAGUUGGUGACGCCGGAAUCCGAGGCGUUAGCGGUGGGGAGAAGAAGCGUGUAUCCAUCAGUGAAGUGAUGGCCACAAGGAGUCUGUUGACCUCUUGGGACAACUCUACUCGUGGACUUGAUGCGUCUACCGCUCUCGAAUUCGUCCGGGCUCUUCGGUUGGCGACGGACAUUGGCCGCACCUCGACUAUCGUCUCGAUCUACCAAGCUGGGGAGUCUCUUUACGAGCUCUUCGACAAGGUCUGCGUAAUCUACGAGGGCAAGAUGGCGUAUUUUGGUUCCGCCAAGCGUGCGCGGCAAUAUUUCAUUGACAUGGGGUACGAGCCAGCGAAUCGCCAAACGACGGCCGACUUCCUCGUCGCGGUCACAGAUCCGAACGGACGGACCGCCCGCCCAGGCUUCGAGGCACGCGCGCCACGAACGGCGGUCGAGUUCGCCGAGUACUUCAAGUCGAGCGAUCUCGGCGCGCUGAAUCGGGAGGACAUGGAAACGUACAAGGAGACGUCGGUAGGCAAACCAGAGAAGGCGCUGGAAUAUCGUGAGAGCUCGCGAGCGGAACACGCAAAGACAACACCGCCAGGCAGCUCGUUCAUCAUCUCGCUUCCGAUGCAGGCCCGUGCCCUUAUGCUUCGUAGACUCCAGAUCAUCAAGGGUGCGAAGGCGGCGCAGGUCAUUCAGACCGCCACUUUCAUCCUCCAGGCUGUGAUUGUCGGUACCAUAUUUUUGCGGCUUAGUGAUACAACUGCGACAUUUUUCUCGCGUGGUGGUGUCCUCUUCUUCGGGCUUCUGUUUGCAGCUUUGUCGACUAUGGCAGAGAUCCCUGCGCUCUUUGCGCAGCGGCCGAUUGUCCUCCGGCAUUCCCGAGCGGCGAUGUAUCAUCCGUACAUGGAAGCACUCGCCUUGACACUUAUCGACAUGCCCAUGACGGCCAUCACACUCAUUUUCUUUUCUAUCGUGCUUUAUUUCUUGGUUGGGUUGCAGCAGUCUGCUGCGCAGUUUUUCACAUUCCUUUUGUUCGUCGUCACGAUCACGAUCUCUAUGAAGGCGUACUUCCGUGCCCUGGCCGCAGUAUUCAAGAGUCCAGCACCUGCUCAGGCCAUCGCCGGUGUGUCUGUCCUGAUCUUGACCCUCUACACCGGUUACAACAUCCCGCCACCGAGCAUGAUUGGCGCACUGAAGUGGAUCACGUACAUUAACCCGCUCAAGUAUGGUUUCGAGGCGCUGAUGGUCAACGAGUUCCACACGAUCAACGGGGAGUGUGCGACGCUCGUCCCGCAGGGCCCAGGCUACACAAACAUCACGCUCGCGAACCAAGUCUGUACCACUGUCGGCUCGCUCCCCGGUCAGGCGCAAGUCAAUGGCGCGCGGUACUUGGGAAUGUCUUUCCAGUACUACUACAGCCACCUAUGGCGGAAUUUUGGAAUCAACGUGGCGUUUGGCAUCGGCUUUAUUAUCAUUCUUCUCAUUGUCACCGAGCUGAACAGCAAGUCGUCUGUGGGCUCUUCGGUGACCUUGUUCAAGCGCGGGUCCAAGGCUGUCACUGCUGCCAGGUCGUCUACUUUGGAUGAAGAGAAGAUUGAGAGCACCCACGAGACCGUCGCUGGCGCUGCGAUGGAAGUGAAGAAUGCAAUGGUAGAAGCAUCUGCCACGAAGAACACGUUCUCCUUCCAGGGUCUUACCUACGUCGUUCCGGUCAGUGAUGGUCACCGCAGGCUGCUGGACGACGUCUCCGGCUAUGUCGCGCCUGGUAAACUGACGGCUCUCAUGGGUGAAUCUGGUGCGGGCAAGACCACUCUGCUGAACGUGCUCUCUGAGCGCACUACUGGCGGCGUUGUCACCGGUGACAGGCUCAUGAAUGGCCAGGCCCUUCCCAUCGACUUCCGAGCACAGACUGGCUAUGUUCAGCAAAUGGACACGCACUUGCCCACUGCGACGGUGCGCGAGGCUCUGUUGUUCUCUGCCAAACUGCGCCAGCCCGCAUCCGUGCCACUCGAGGAGAAGGAAGCUUACGUCGACAAGUGCCUGAAGAUGUGUGGUUUGGAAGCGUACGCGGAUGCUGUAGUUGGUUCGUUGGGCGUCGAGCAUCGCAAGCGAACGACGAUUGGUGUCGAACUCGUCGCAAAGCCCUCCCUCAUCUUCCUCGACGAGCCCACAUCCGGUCUCGACUCCCAAAGUGCUUGGGCUAUUGUGUGCUUCUUGCGCAAUCUCGCAGACAGCGGUCAAUCGAUUGUGUGCACUAUCCAUCAACCGUCGGCGGAAUUGUUCGAAGUCUUUGAUCGGCUGCUUCUUCUGCGUAAGGGUGGGCAGACGGUGUACUUCGGAGACCUUGGACACAGAUCGACCCAGCUCAUCAACUACUUCGAACGUAGCGGAGGCCGCCCCUGCGGUGACGCAGAGAACCCUGCGGAGUACAUUUUAGACGUGAUCGGAGCGGGUGCCACGGCUUCUAGCGACAUCGACUGGUAUGAGAAAUGGAAAGCAUCGAACGAGUCUCGGCAGCUCGCUUGCGAACUUGAAGAGAUCCACUCUGAAGGCCGACAACGUCCGCCAGUCACUGCAGCCAUGCUCAACGAAUUCUCGACGUCUUGGGGAUACCAGGUCACGACAUUGUUGCGGAGGACUCUGUCGUCGUAUUGGCGCGACCCGUCCUACCUCAUGUCGAAACUCGGGGUGAAUAUCGCUGCAGGACUGCUCAUUGGCUUCACGUUCUUCAAGGCAAAAGACAGCAUCCAGGGAACACAGAACAAGCUCUUCGCUGUGUUCAUGUCCACGAUCAUCAGUGUUCCGCUCUCGAACCAGCUACAAGUGCCGUUCUUGGAUAUGCGUACGAUUUAUGAAAUCCGCGAAAGACAUAGUAGUAUGUACAGCUGGACAGCCUUGAUAACGGCGCAGAUCCUUGCCGAGAUUCCAUGGAACAUCCUUGGGUCAUCCCUGUACUUCCUCUGCUGGUUCUGGACGGUCAGCUUCCCCAACGAUCGCGCAGGAUUCACGUACCUCAUGCUUGGAGUCGUGUUCCCAAUCUACUACACAACAAUCGGCCAGGCGGUAGCAGCCAUUUGCCCAAAUGCCGAGAUUGCAGCGUUACUGUUCAGCUUCCUCUUCUCUUUCGUACUCUCAUUCAAUGGUGUUCUGCAACCGUUCAGGGAGCUCGGCUGGUGGCAGUGGAUGUACCGUCUGUCCCCAUUCACCUACCUCAUUGAGGCACUUCUCGGACAAGCUGUUGGCCGUACCGUGAUCAACUGCGCCGCGGAAGAGCUCGUCACUUUAGACCCUCCUUCUGGGACAACUUGCGCGCAGUAUCUGAACCCCUACAUCAACUCGACGGGAGGUUAUCUAACAAACCCUGACGCCUCGAGUGGCUGCAUGUACUGCAGCUACAGCUCGACGGACGCGUUCCUCAGCGAGUCGUUCAAUAUCUACUAUUCUCACCAUUGGCGGGAUUUCGGGAUUUUCUGCGCGUACAUCGUGUUCAACUUUGUCUGUGUGUACCUCUUCACGUAUCUCUUCCGGGUGCGCACGGGCAGUCUUCUCGGCUCAUUGAAGAAACGCCUCGCUCGGAGCAGGUCGUAA